GCACGCUCUGACUGUCACCAUAUGGCAGUGCCACUAUUUUGCAGGUAUGAUGUUAUGUUGGUUCAUUUCGCCCUCUUAACCUCAACUCUUCCUUUGCCCUCUCCCGCUGUCAGUCUCAGGUACUGCUUGACCACCACUAGAAAGCGUGAAGCAUCUCGUAUUUCUGCAGGUACCGCCAUCAGUCCGGACUUCGACAUUCGUGUCAGCCAGAGCUUGUUAGACGUUCACUGGCCCGGGUUGGCCGCUUUGCUCGAUAUGUUGAAAAGAUCAGUAUGACAUUCACAGAGGCCAUGGACCGCAUGCAACCUUCACUCGACCUCAUGCCACCAAUGGUGACAUCCGACCUCACUGACCCCAGUUCUUCCUCUCUUACCGCGGCAACAUGGAAGAGAUCGACCACCUCCAAUUCGAUACUGCGGCAUCCCAAAUCCGCCGGCGGUGCCCUCACCGAUUCCCAAAACCGAGCCAUCCUUAUUGCAGCUCUGACAUGCUCAUGUUUCAGCUUCUUGGUCGUCUUGAAUGCCCUGCGGAUUUUCAUGGUGCAAAGACGAAGUUUCCGGCAUCGCUUGAUUAUGCACCUGAUUAUGAGCAAUACCUUGAAAGCUGGGCUGUAUUUCGUCUUCCCCAUAGUGGUCUUCGCCAGUCACGCCGUCCAGAGCUCGUCAAAUUGGUGUCAGGCAAGCGGGUUCCUCCUCGAGUUUGCCGUGGAAUCCGCCGACAUGUCCAUUCUCAUUAUCGCUCUACAUUCCAUCACCUACAUCCUCUGGCCAAAUAGCAAAGAGGGUGAAGGCGGCCUUUAUCCCUAUCGAAAGUGGAUAUAUCUCCUCUGGCUAGGACCGCCACUCCUGGCCGCCUCUUUGGCGUUUAUAAAAGACGGUCACGGCUAUGUCACGGCAGGCACGUUUUGCUAUUUGCCCAAGCGGCCGUACUGGUAUCGGUUGGCGCUGGGCUGGGUGCCGAGAUACCUGGUCAUUUCCGUCAUCUUCGCCAUGUACAUCUGGAUCUACGUUUAUGUCCGGAUCAAAUUUCAUGGGUUUGACAACCUAGGCGUCACCGGUUCGUCCCAUAGCUCCAGCUCGAACGACCGCCGGAAUUCGUCUAUUCGACCUGAUGACAUAGAGAAGAACUUGGCCGGCAGCGCCAGUCGACAGAUGCAAUUGUCCAACUUGAGGCUGCCAUCAUGGAAGGCAGGGGCCUCGGAUAAACCGCCUCAGCAAUCGACAGCAUCUGACAAUUUGGAGCCCUGGGACUAUAUGAGUUUCAUCACUUCUAAACCACUGCAAGCCACUGUGCCGGAGCAUGGGGCCGAGCAGCAGGAAGGAGCACCGUCUGCCGGGCCUGGAAGUGCCUGGUCCAGCGAGACUCGCACACCUUUGGGCGACCCUUCAAUAAAAGUGGGCGCAUCCGAUUCAUCUAGGACAGAGAGCCGCAAGACUUCAGAAGCUCCAGCAGGCUCCAGCCUUUACCCCGAGCCAGGUGUUUCCACAACAAUGGUAGUGCCUAAGGAUGUCAAUGAUCCGCUUAAAGAGACCCGGAAUGCAAUCCGCAAGCAGUUACGAUACAUGUUUGUCUAUCCGGCCGUGUAUGUGGUCAUGUGGAGUUUCCCCUUUGCCCAGCACGUGCUAUACUACAACGACUAUUAUGUUCGACACCCCGUGUUCUGGCUGAAUCUAGUCGUGUCGAUGAUGCUGAGCCUUCAAGCCGGGGCGGACGGCAUCAUAUUUUCCUGGGCGGAAAAGACACGACGAAGGGAAGAAGACGCGUCGUUACGCUGUGCUCUGCAUUCCGCGUGGGACCGGGUGAAAACCAUGUUUGGGCGAGGAGCCCCAGAUGGAGAAGGGCGUGCUACACACGCUGUGCAGCGCGUGUCGAGCAGCGGACAGCUCAAUCAUCAACCACCUCGGACUCGGCAUUGGUGGGAAGCGGAGGGACGCCGGAGGAGGGACAGCAUAUGGCUAGGAAAGAGCACUUUUUCGGAUGCGAUGUCAUCGGUAACAGCGUCGAGAAAUCGGUCCAGAAGCCCCCAGAAUUCGGAUAGAGCCCUGCAUUCGAGAAAGAGGAGCUCGAUACAGGCGCCCGUGUUUGUGCCGACAUUAGAGCCUAUAUCCACUGAGGCCACUGAGGGAACAACGCACCGCUCAAGUCCAGCACCAGCAUCGGCGGCCACGGGAGGAAUGCAGCCCCCAACGAAGAAAACAGCGUUGACACCGGUCUCGUCCAAUGUCAGCGGCAGAUCUCGUCGGCGCAGCUCACAGGUGGUGCACGGUAUCGCUGAGGAGAGUCCGCCGCCCAAGACAAGCGAGAAUUCAUGAAAUGAUAGAUAUAUACACCUGCGACACGCGUCGCGCCCUUCAGAUUAUAUAUGUAUUUCUAGCAUAGACUAUGUGAGCAGUCGCAUACAAGCCAUCUUGCAUCAG